AUGGAGGCUGCGGGCGCAGCUGUGGCUGCGGCGGCGGCGGCGGCCGAAUCCGAUGGAACCGCAGAGAAGCGGGCACGGAGUGGCGACUGCGACGACACCGCCGACGAUUUCAUCAGCAGUCUCCCCGACGCCGUCCUCGGCACCAUCGUCUCCCUCCUCCCCACCAAGGACGGCGGCCGCACGUGGGUCCUCUCCCGCCGAUGGCGCCACCUCUGGCGCUCCGCGCCUCUCAACCUCGAGGUCAGCACCCGACCCCCCGACGCCGCCGCCGCCGCCGACAGCCCCGUCCCCACCCCCUCACGCGUCCCGCCCUCCGCCGUCUCCGAGAUAAUCUCCAAACACCCUGGCCCCGCACGCCGAUUCUCCCUCCACUGCCGCGGCGACGACGACCACUGCCCCCAGGCGGAGAGCUGGCUUCGCUCCCGCGCCCUCGCCAACCUCCAGGAGCUCGAUAUCUGCUACGCUGAACCCCCGCUGCUGACACCGGUUCUCCGCUCUGCAUCCAACAUCCUUGUCGCCAAGAUCAGCCAUUGUGAUUUCGAGCCGGCCAUGAUCAAUUUCCCCUUCCUCAAGAAGCUCUCCCUGUUUCGCCUUACCAUCUCAGCGGACCUCUUCCCCAGACUGUUAUCUGGCUGCCAUGCCUUGGAGAUCUUAUCCAUGACCAAAGUUCGUGCUGUGGGUUGUCUCUGUCUUAGCUCGCCGACCAUUAGGACCAUCAUCUUCCGUCAUAGCUACGGUGAAACCGUGGAACUGGUCAUCGAGGAUGCUCCUCGCCUUGUAAGGUUACUAGUACCUUAUUGUGAGAGAAAUGAUAGUGUGACUAUCAGGGUAACUAGGGCGCCUAAUCUGGAGAUAUUGGGCCCUUUCUUUGUCGUCGACUCCAAGCUCCUACUCUUCCAGGGAAUAAGCCCAGUCAGCUCCACAAACUCGAUGCACACCUUGAAGGUUUUGGCUCUCAAGUCUUCUGGGCAGAAAUUGAAUGCAGUUCUUAACAUCCUUAGGGGGUUCCCCUGUUUAGAAAAGCUUUGUGUUAUUUUUCAUACAAACCGUGAGAGGAAUGACGAAAAUGAGCCCCAGUAUGACCCACUACAUCCAAUCGAAUGCCUUGAGACCCGUCUAAAAAAAGUGGUGUUUAAGUCAUUUGAGGGCUAUGGCAAACAGGUUGACUUUGCGAAGUUCUUUGUAUUGAAUGCAAAGGUGCUAGACAAAAUAGAAUUUGAAGUAAGAAAUCAGUACAGCAGUGAGACAGUGGCUUAUGAACACAGGCUGCUACAAGUGGAAAACAGAGCUUCCCGGGAGGCUCGGGUUGAAUUCAGGACUACUAAAUACUGA